CCCUCCUUCCACACCAAAGUGCAGCUGCCCGCAUGUUACUGGCUAGGAGCAACAUGUAUCUCUUAGUUCUGUUCGUUCUGCUUCUCCUACUGCUCGUGGUGGCCCUGUCCUGGCUUAGAGUGAAGACGGCCGCCGGUACUACACUGAAGGACCUCACAGGCAGAAUACUCCUAAUUACAGCGCACCCCGACGACGAAUGCAUGUUCUUCGCGCCGACGGUUCUCUCGCUGGGAAGCUCCGUACGAGCCGAGCUGUUCCUACUGUGUCUCUCCGAGGGGAACUAUUACGGGGAAGGAAGGGUGAGAAAGAAGGAGCUGCUGCACAGUUCGGCCAUUCUGGGCAUCAGCGGGACAAACGUGGAGAUAGUGAAUGAUGAGUGAGGGUAAUAAUAUAUAACACCAUCACACUGAGGUGACUAGAGGGUGUUAGGGCAGUUUUUCCCCCAAUGGGUCGCACUAACUUCGGUGUUUUGUUUAGAGUCACUAAAGAGUGAUAGGAAGAUUCUGUGACUUUUAAAAACCCCUCUUUCUUGAGAGGAAACACCACACACUGCAUAAACAAUCGUUCUAGGGCUAGGGCUACUGUUAAAAACACAUUCUAUGACAAUAAUUAGGUUGGAUGUAUUAUUAUAUCUGUGUAUUACUCUGUAUUGUGCUGUAGCUGUACUAUGCUGCAUGCUUCAAAAUGUGCUGUUAAUUCACUGCGGCGUAGUCUGUUAUGAUGAUCAACGGUUAGUAAAAUCUUUGGCCUGUGAUAGGGAGUUGGCAGACGGUCCUCGUGAGGAAUGGAGUGAGUCAGUCAUUGAGAAUUACAUCAUAUCUGCAGUCCACAACUGUACCAUCAGUCGAAUCAUUACCUUUGAUGACCACGGGGUGUCUGGUCAUCCUAACCAUAUUGCCAUCCAUAGAGCUGUGAGGCGAAUGUGUGAGUCGGAAAAGUUGGCAGCGGCAGGCAUACAGGAAGUACUGCUGCUACAGUCUACAUCUCUACUGAGGAAGUACAUCAGCUUCAUUGAUGCUGCCUGGACCAGUCUCUUCCACAGACAUUUUGUGCUGUCAUCGGUGGAUGAAUACUGGUUAGCAAAGCAAGCAAUGGAAGCACAUUCCUCGCAAUACCUGUGGUUUCGUCACGUGUACGUCCUACUCUCUCGCUACAUGUUUGCAAAUUCGUUCACCAGACUACAGAUCCACCACGGCAACUCUAACAGCACUUGAGGCAUAGCGGUUUUUUUUUAUCACUAGCCCCGUUUUCACAUAGCCUGCGCAUAUACAUCCGAUUAUGAUGCAUUAUGUAUGUAUCAUUAUGUAUAAUUAUAAUUAUUAUGACUGCAAAAACGGAAGUCUAGAACGUAUACAAUGCUACGAAAAUCUUCAGAUAAUAUACAAAAUGAACAGUAUAUAUUCUCACAAUAUG